CGGCCCCGCCUCUUUCUCAGUCAGUUGGUAAGGUUACCCCACGCCGGCUGCAUAUGCUGCGUUACUGACUGUGCCAUGCUGCGCAAUGAGCUCCGGCGGGGCGCCUCGGCUAGGAAGUCUUCACUGGACGAGCAGCUAUGGGAGGAGGAGGGACCAGCAGAAUUAGCGAUUAGCCGGACUCUUGUCAACAAGCAGCCUCUGAGGGGGGAGAGCAGCCAGGUCACCACUGAGUCUGAGGUCUUUGAUGAUGGCACCAACACCUUUUUCUGGAGAGCACAUACGCUGACUGUAUUAUUUAUCCUCACGUGUGCACUGGGAUAUGUCACUCUACUUGAAGAAACCCCUCAGGAUACUGCAUAUAAUAUUAAAAGAGGCAUCAUUGCCAGUAUAUUGGUAUUUCUUUGUUUUGGUGUUACCCAAGCUAAAGACGGCCCAUUCUCAAGACCCCACCCAGCUUAUUGGCGGUUUUGGUUGUGUGUAAGUGUGGUAUAUGAGCUCUUCCUCAUCUUCAUCUUAUUCCAGACAGUACAUGAUGGAAGGCAAUUCAUGAAAUUUAUAGACCCCAAAUUGGGAGUUCCUUUGCCUGAAAGGGAUUAUGGAGGAAACUGUCUCAUUUAUGAUCCAGACAAUAAAACUGAUCCUUUUCACAAUGUAUGGGAUAAGAUGGAUGGUUUUGUUCCAGCUCACUUUCUUGGCUGGUAUAUAAAAACUCUUGUGAUAAGAGACUGGUGGAUGUGUAUGAUGAUUAGUGUAAUGUUUGAGUUCCUGGAAUACAGCUUAGAACAUCAGCUGCCCAACUUCAGCGAGUGCUGGUGGGAUCAUUGGAUAAUGGAUGUGCUGGUUUGCAAUGGACUUGGGAUUUACUGUGGUAUGAAGACACUAAAAUGGCUUUCCAUGAAGCCUUAUCAAUGGCAGGGUCUCUGGAAUAUUCCUACAUACAGGAAGUUCCAUAAGAAAUUGGGACAGCAAGCAUGGAUGGUGGCUGCUAUAACGGUAACAGAAUUCCUGAUUGUUGUGAAAUACGACCCUUACACCAUCACUUUACCGUUGCCCUUUUAUGUGACUCAGUGUUGGAUUCUGGGUAUUGUGCUUGUGCUCACGUGGACAGCGUGGCGUUUCUUUAUUAGAGAUAUUACAUUGCGUUAUAAAGAAAUACGAAGGAAGAAGCAGGAAUAUAAAUCGGAAGAAACGUUACAAAGGAAUGGGGACUCCCAGUCAGACAGUGCAAGCAGGAACAUUUCCAAAUCAAAAAAGCUUUGAGAAGUCGAAUGGACCAUAAGUGAUAUCCCUCUGUUACUGAACAAAAAUUGUACUUUUUAUAUUUUAAUGUAUGGAACACUUCAGCUAUUUAAUAUCGAUAUUCAGAAACCUCAUCUUUAUUGGUUCUGUUUUUUUACUUUGGAGUAGAAACUGGAACUGGAAGAGACCAAACUGAUCAUUUGCACAUUGCAACUGUGUAUUACAAUUGGCCACCUUGGUUCUUGGUAACAAGGACAAAUUUCUGAGAUUUGUAGCAAACUUUAUGAACGUUAGUGGAGUUCUGUAUAUCUUGAGAUGAUUUCUUAAAAAAAAGUGAUUCAUUUUUUUUAUUUUUAUUAUUUCAACGAAAAAUUUUGGUCAAAGUUAAUGUAUUUAUGAACUUUAGUGUUGUGAAAAAAGUUACUAAAUUUAGUCUUUUAAUGUUAAAUGGAUGGAUUCACUAACAGUAACUUGGUUGGGUGUAUGUCUUUGUGAUAUGUAUUGGUAUCUUAAUGGCAAAACACAGCGUCAAAGACAUGAUUGUUUUCAGGUUUUAGACCAAUGAAGUGUCUCGUCAGAGCACUGAAAAUGCUAGGUAGAGAAAUUUUUAGAAUCAAUCUUCGAAUUGUUUAACCCCUUAAUGACCCGUAACACACCCUGUAAGUCGCUGGACUUUCUAUGGGGGUUGCGUUUUCAAUAGCAUGGUCUGGCUGCCAUACUAUUCUUUUAAGCCUGCAGGAGGGAGGGAGGAUCUAAUAGCAGUCUUAACGCUCAUGGCAGAGACACUUUUAUAAGCAGGGUACAUUAUGGUUGUUAGGAAGAUAGAAAUUAGAGAUAUUAAACAGUGCGAACAGGAACACAUUGUGUGUGUGUUAAAAAAAAAAAAAAAAAAAAAAAAAUUUUGCAAAAUAAGCUCUUAGAAAUUCUCACGCUAACCACUGCCCUCAGAUAAGAGCGGACAUGUUUGUAACUUAGAUUUGCCAAUUCUCAGAAGAGGCAAUAUGCAACUUGACUUCCUGUUCCUCUAGCAUUUUAUAAACACUAGGCACGUGCAUUUUGCAGCUAUUUUAGCUGCCGAAUGCAGAAGCUCACAGCCUUUGGCUCCUUUUGGAGACAGAUUUUUGUUUUUUUUUGGGAAAGAGCAACACUAAGAUCCGUGCAAAUCCAGAUCUUAGUGUAAACAGUAAGUCAGCUCUGGUUACGUCAGGCUCCUGUAAGGACCUCUUGUAGAGCUGUGACAGGAAGUAAUGGACACUGCCGGUAAAAACACAACCGGUAAAAUCCUUUAAAAAUUAUGAAUAUUACAUAUUGCAAUGAUUUCUAUUAAAUUUAUCCCACCACUUUAUUUUCAUUAUUACAACAAAAAAACAGAUUGUUUUAUAUCCAUUUAAGCUAUAGGGACAUGGAAUUUGAAAUGAAAGAUUCACGAUUCAGACAGAGUAUUAGAAAGUUUCCCUAUAUACUUAAAGUAUAGUUAUAGUAUGUUUAUAUAUGCUAAGGGGUAUGGGUGCGUCUUGAGCAGUAUAUGGCACUGAAUAACCUUGUUGCAGACACCACUGCUAUAUAUUGGUCAAGACAAGUGCGUGCUCUGAGCCUACCUAUGCUCUUCAACAAAGGAAGAGAACACACUAAGUUUUAUUGUGGAAAUAAAUUGGAUUUUUUUUUUAUCACAUUCUCUCCAUAAAUCCUGAAAUUUUGAUUUUUAUGUCCCUUUUUAAAAUGCAGUUACUAAGCAUUAUUAGUGCAAUAAUAAAAUGAUUUUACUUA